AUGUACAAAGCAGAGGUCCCCUUGUAUGGAACCCUCGUCGACAUCGUACGUUCUGUUGAUGGUUCAAUCCUAGCAGAACAGGGCAAAGGUGCAGGAUCACUUCCAACCCGGCAUGAACUCGAGAGGCAUGGCGCCAUUAGACUCGGAACACAAUAUGAAUUGCGAACAAUUAAACGUUUAUUCGCCAUCUUAGGUAUGUAUCCCGUGGGAUAUUACGAUCUGGGAGUCCUGGGCUUUCCGCUGCACGCGACUACUUUCCGACCCAUCACAGAGCGUUCUCUGCAGAAAAAUCCGUUCAGAGUGUUCACGACGCUGUUGCGUAAAGAACGUCUAACGCGGGAAAUCUGUGACAUGGUAGAACUUAUGCUCGAGCAGCGGAAACUGUUCACCCGAAGACUGGUCGAAAUUAUCGAUCACGUAGAAGCUGGGCGGGCUAUGACUGCUCAGGAUGCUGACGAUCUAUUGUCUGAGGCUCUCAAAAUCUUUAAAUGGCACUCUCGGUCCCAUUUUUCGAUGGAAGAAUACCUUGUUAUGAAGCAAAUCCACCCAAUCGUUGCCGACAUCUCCUGCUUUCCGAGUGCUCAUAUCAACCAUCUGACACCACGGACUCUUAAUAUAGAUUUUGUCCAGAAGGAAAUGGUCAGACUUGGUCUCCCAGCCAAGGAACGGAUCGAGGGACCUCCACCACGCAAAUGCCCAAUCUUGUUACGUCAAACGAGCUUCAAAGCUUUGGAGGAGUAUAUACUCUUUGACAGAGCUGAUUCUAAUGGAAUUCACAACAAGGGAACACACACUGCACGGUUCGGAGAGGUUGAGCAACGAGGCGCGGCUGUGACACCCCACUUUCCCGACUCGUGGGCAGAGCUCCGAGAGCAAGGAUUGGUGUUUUUCCAGUAUCGCCCUACCUCCGCCGGUCUAAGAUUUGCCAAAAAGAGCAAGGUUACAUUAUCGCAGGGACAGCAUGCAGGUAUUGAGUGGCUAAUAAGUCGUGGCCUCAUAGAAUGCGAGCCAAUCACUUACGAAGAUUUCUUACCGUUCUCUGCGGCCGGGAUCUUCAAGUCCAACGUUACAGAAGAUCCAGCUGAGGAGGAUAUAAGACCGGAGACUUCUCUCCAAGGGCCUGAUAUGGAGAAUAGCAACAAUUCGGACUUGAAAGAACUUGAGAGUUCACUGGGUUGUAAAGUCUACGAUGUGUUCUUACUGUAUGAAGCGAUGCAGUGUAAAAGUAUUCAGGAUUGUGAGGAGGCAUUAGGACUGAAAGACAUAGUCCUAUCAUAG